AUGUCUGUGCGCUUUUCUUCUGCAUCCAGACGGCUUGGCUCCAGCGGGGGAGUAGGUUUUGGGGCUGGAAAUGCAUGCGGUGUGCCAGGCAUUGGAAGUGGCUUUUCUUGCGCUUUUGGGGGCAGCUCAUCUGCAGGAGGCUAUGGUGGGGGACUGGGCGGGGGAAGUGCUUCUUGCGCUGCCUUCACCGGGAAUGAACACGGCCUCCUGUCGGGCAACGAGAAGGUGACCAUGCAGAACCUCAAUGACCGCUUGGCCUCCUACCUGGAGAAUGUGCGAGCACUAGAGGAGGCCAAUGCCGAUCUGGAGCAGAAGAUCAAGGGCUGGUAUGAGAAAUUCGGGCCUGGUUCUUGCCGUGGUCUUGAUCAUGAUUACAGCAGAUACUUCCCAAUAAUUGAUGACCUUAGGAACCAGAUCAUUUCUGCAACUACCAGCAAUGCCAAUGUUAUCCUGCAAAAUGAUAAUGCAAGACUUACGGCUGACGACUUCAGGCUAAAGUUUGAAAAUGAGCAGGCCCUUCACCAGAGCGUUGAUGCGGACGUCAGCGGUUUGCGCAGGGUGCUGGAUGAGCUGACUCUCUGCAGAACCGACCUAGAGAUCCAGCUGGAAACCCUGAGCGAGGAGCUGGCUUACCUCAAGAAGAAUCACGAGGAGGAGAUGAAGGCGCUGCAGUGCGCGGCCGGAGGGAACGUGAACGUGGAGAUGAACGCAGCGCCCGGGGUGGACCUCACGGUCCUGCUGAACAACAUGCGGGCAGAGUACGAAGACCUGGCCGAGCAGAACCGCAGGGACGCGGAGGCCUGGUUCAAUGAGAAGAGCGCUUCCCUGCAGCAGCAGAUUUCUGAUGACGCUGGUGCAACCACCUCAGCUCGGAAUGAGCUCACCGAGAUGAAGCGUACUCUUCAAACCCUGGAGAUCGAACUCCAGUCCCUCUUGGCAAUGAAAAGAAAAUUACAGGCCAAUAUCCCUGAUGAAUAAAGAUGCAAAAAUCUUCAACAAAACUCUAGCAAAAUAAAUUCAACAGCACCAUAA